AUGGGCAAAGCUGCUGCCAAGCCUAAGACUGCUCCUGGCAAGGAUGUGGUGAAAAAAUCUGCCAAGAGAGUUAACAAGGCAGCAGCUGCUAAGUCAUCUGCGAAGGCAACAGCCAAGGCAGCUGCCAAGGUGAAAGUUGAACCACCUUCUCCCCAGAGGUCUCCUCGCGUUGAGGAGAUUGUUCCUGUGUCCCAAGCUGCUACUGUCGACAAGAAGGACAUCAGCAACUUCUUGGGCCAAAUGAAGAGGGCAAAUUCAGACGAUGCUGUGGCCUUGUACAACCACUACAAGACCCUGGGAAAGUUCGAUGCACAAAAGCAGGCUUUGGUUGCCAAGUGGAAGGCUGACAAGAGUUGCAAGUGGUACAGCAGCUACUCUGAGUCCUUUGAGAAGACCAGUGCCUCCAAGAAGCAGGGUGCUGUUGGCUGGUCGACAAGGUGGGAAAUUGCCAAUGAGAUGCAUCGAAAUCCAGGCUCACCAUCUUUCAAGGAACUUUUGGACACUUUGGAAAGCAGCUCUGAGAAGUGGGAUGAGUCUUUGCCGCAAGAAAAGUUCCUCAAGGACAAAGGUGAGAAGAAGUACUUCUGGUCUAGUGCCAGUGGUUUGGCCAAGUUUGAAGAAGUUGAGAAGCACAGCGAAGAGUUCUCUUCCAGCGUGGGUGGCUACGACUCCAAAGGUGGCAAGCCCAAGGGUGGAGCCACAGGGGACUCUUCUGAGGAGCAAGCCAAGUACCCUGUUUACACCGAGCUCAAGGAGAAAGUGGGAGAAGCUGCCACUGUGAGUCGCUCUUUGGCUUCCUCCUGCGACAAGUUGCAAGACAACCUUGCUUUGGCUGUGGCCAAGUUUGGAGUAGCGCAAGAUUCUUUGAGGAAGAUUGUAGAUGAUGCUGUGGAUGGCAAUCAAAAAGCCAAGCAGAGAUUUGCUGAGUUGGUCUGCUUGAAGCCUGAAGAGGCUCAAGAGAUUCAUCAGAAGGAAGCGAUUGAUUUGGUGGAAGCCUUGCAAGCCCACAAGCAGGCUGUGGCUCAGGCACAGAAGAAGUGUACAGCUUUGUUGAACUAA